AUGAGGCUUGUGCCUGUAUCCAAGAAGGACAGGAAAAAUGCAAAGCACAGCGGCGGCAUUGCCGCGGCGGUGACCAAACAAACCGCCGGCAAGUUCGUAAGACCCGUCAACGACGGCGACGAAAGUGGAAACGACUCUUCCAAGAGCAUUCCUACUUCCAACGCCUCCUCUCCUCCGAUCAACACGCCCGAAAUACGACCUUCGGCCGCGCCUGACAAUGAGAAUCCGGAGCCGUCGCCCUCACUGGAUGCCUUGUCCACAACUUCGGUUUCUGCCAGCACAGCUCCAAGCAUGAUCCACGACUGGGCGAGGAAUCGAAUGGCUGCUUCCCCAAGCAAUCUCAUCGCUCUGGCGAGCGAAUCACCUCCUACGCAGCCCUCUUCCUACGAAGACCCAAGCCAUCUUCACCAUGGCUGGUCGGCCCAGAGGGCUUUCAUGACACCGUCGCCAGCGUCACCUUCUCCGCCCACCAGUCACUCGAAGCGGCCCCUCAGCUACCAAAUGGAUCCCCAUUUCGUGUCUCCGGACAGCAUGCCCAGGGCUUCCUCGACUGCCCUGCAUCAGCGGCGAAGCUCUGUCAACUCUCCGGCCAUGUACUCUCAUGGCCACUCCCGCAUGGGCUCGCAUCCUCCUCCACUUCCUCACCAACCACAGGCACACUUCUACGGCGUCUCGGACCUGGACCUCACCAUCAAGCCACAAUCCGGUAUGAAGCCGGGUGAUCAGGGCCUCUACUUUGGUUUCGACAAGUUGCCAAGCCCUUACAGCGCGACUGGCUCUGAAAAUGUCGUCUUAGCCGGAUACCAGGGCGGCUUGGAGGUUUACGGUGUUAGCAAGAGAGGAUUAGAACCCAUGGCCAGCCUCAAAGGCCUGCGAGGUGGAGUUCAUUACGCCAAGAUACUUCCAUGGACUGUUGGCGGAGACAAGGACGGCAUCUUUCCCUUGGUCGCACUGGUGGUCCAUGGCCCCGUACUGCCCCGGCGAUCCCCCGCGACUCCAGACGAAGAGGACGACGAUGGCACGGCGAAGAAAACCGACGGUGCGGCGAGUCCUCGGUCCGCCUAUACUCACCACGAUGCCUUCUCAACACGCAACGGACAAAAGGGCCAAGCGAUUGAAGCAUAUCAGACCACCGUCGAAGUAUACUCGCUCAAAACGAACAAAGUAGUCGAUGUCCUUCUGCAGGCCCCAACUAUUCCUAUCAGCACAGAGGUUUCCAUUACUAGCCCCAUCUUCCAACCUCCGCUUCCCACCGGAGCAUUUGCCAUCAAGGCAGAUGCUGGAACGGUUGCGGUAUGCUCUGGUUCUACUGGCGAGUGCUGGGUCUACACACAGCUGCUGCAGGCGCAGAAUGGGCACUUGUUUGCUUGCACCGCCAAGCUAUGGACAUGUAUUCAGCCAGGCCAGCGGGGGGGCGAUGUACCCGAGGAGAGUGAUAAAAUGAACCCCCUUGGUGCAACUCGCCGACCCAACCCUCCAACUGCCAUUUUCGCUCUCAACGGCCGGAAGAUUGCCUACUGCCCAGCAGCGCCGUCUUCGAGUAUCGCCAUUCGAGCUCAUCUACCGGUUCCAAUCUUGGGAAGAGGAGCUGGCAUUACUUCUGUAACGCCUCCUCACCUUCCUUCGGUCACUGCUUCCGUGGAUCUGCCCAUUUCUGACAGCGUUGUCAACAAGGUCAUGCGCGAGGCAACACAGGAGCUUAUUCAGGGCGCAAAAUGGGUUGGCCAGCAGGGCCUACAGGCAUGGAACUCGUAUUGGAACAGGGCAACCAGCCCGCAAUCCCAGCAACAGCAGCCCUGGUCACCACCUCAGCAGUGGAACGGCACGCGCUCCCCUCUGAACGAUGGCGCUGCAUUUCCUCCAACGCAUGGAACGACUGGGCAGGCGGCGGCAACCAAAGAUUCGGGACUUGUUUCCAUCUUGGAUGUUGACUCCCUGGCACUGUCUCCGUCAAUCCAUCCUUCUGCCACCUUCUUAACGCCUCUAGGAUGCAGUUUCCUGUCAUUCUCACCCUCUUCCCUGUCGCUUUUUACAGCAAGCAGCAAAGGAGACGUGCAGACGGUAUGGGACCUGUUUCGAGUUCAACAUACACACUCCUCGCCUCUACAGGCGUCGAUGGUUACUCAUGACAGCACUGGCCCUCAAGUCCGACAAAUCGCCCAGUUCUCGCGCAUGACUGUUGCGCGGAUUAUUGACGUGGUGUGGAUGGAGCCUCAAGGGGAGCGCCUGGCCAUGGUUACGGAGAGAGGAACCGUUCAUCUCCUGGAUAUGCCCUUUAGCGCGUUCAUGUGGCCACCACCACGCCGGCGCAAGGUGACUCCCAAGCCUGCCGCCGAGCCAUCUGAGCCAUCCAGCUCUGCCGUUUCUCUCGCGUCUGGUGCUUUUGGCGCUGCAUACCAAGUAGCAAUGCCCUUUGUAACACGUUCGCGCCAAGGGAGUGGCAACAGCGCCUCUACUGCUGGUAGCAUUCUGAAAGACUCGGCAGCUCAGGGAGGGCGAGCGAUUGCUGCGAGCAUCACUAACUCGAUUGGAAAGACCGGCUCCGCCAUCAGCCAACUACGGCACACCGGAGAGAACCGGCUUUCACUGCCUCCAAGCUCCUCGCUGCCCUCGUCGUCAUGCGUGGUUUGGAUCAGGGGCCGCCGGAGCGCAACACUGUUCAACCUAGGCGGAGGACUUGUGCGAACAUAUCCUUACAAAUCUCGACGACAAUCAGGUGGCAAGCGGGCUUCACGUGUGAAUCGAUAUACCGAUCAUCAAGUCCCGCUUCUUCCAGACGACAACGUUGCUCCUGCAGUCCGCCAAAUCUUGGAUUCGGGCACGCAAGAAGAGUAUCUCGACCUGUCAGACACGGAAAUGGAUAUUGGAACGACAUUGACACUGAAGGGCCGCCCGCACGCGGUUUCCAACAAUACACUUCAUACUAUGGCCGAGACCAUUCCCCAGGCAGAAAUUGAGUGUAGCGCACCAUAUCAGCCUUUCCACACCGAUAGGCGCGUUAUUCUUUGCGAAUACACUCCUGCGUAUGGAAGCCAACUCGAGGGGGUCUCGGAAGUUUUGGCAAACUCUUCCUUGGAGGCCAAGGCGCCUUCUUCGAAGAAGUCGAAGAAUGGACAGCAUCUCGCUGUAACUGCGCCAAGCACAAGCAGCGCCGAUGGAUCUGCUUGGGCAUUCGGGCAGGACAUUUCUGUCGUCAAGCUGGAUCUCGGUCUUCCUACUGCCUUUGAGGACGAAUACGACGACCCAGAGGACCACCGACCUCUGCCUCCGUCGGCUAUGGAGCGUGUUAUGGAGUUUGGCGACUCUGAGCAAAUCGUCGUCACUACACGAAGACGGCGCGGAGCUCACCAAGGGGAUCCCGAUGGUGAUGGAUUCUUUGAGGACGACUGCGAAGUUCUCGAUUUUGCUGACCAGAGAGUCUAAUUGGCUCCCAGUGAUGGUGUCGCAAUUUCGGAAACCGAGCUUCAACUCUACAGGAUUUUGGGACUCGAGAGGACUUCUUUCUUAACUUUUUCUUGGGUAUAAACUAGGUUUUUUUUUACACUAAUUUGACAAACUUCUGACACUGGAUUCAUUGUUUUGCUUGGCUUUUUACUUCUCCUCUCUCUUUUGAGCAAAGUUGAACAAUACUGUUGGAGGAUUGGUUUAUGAAUUGGCUUAUUUAUACUCUUCGAGUCCCUCACUACCACUACCAGCUCGAGAUUUUUAUCUAGAUUGGAUGCGUUUGCCUAUAUGACUCCAUAGGUAGUUGCCUUUUUGUUCUAUAGGUAGCAUCUCUACUGUUUAGCAGCUUCUGUAGCGCCUCAUUAUUGAAUAGACACCAAUCGAGAUACCCCAAACUGACGUCUCU